AACGAGCCCGCCGUCAUUCAUCAGUCCAGCAUUUUAUUUUCUGAGAUUCAACAGCUGGUUGGACCUUUUAGACGACAACCAAUAGGACGGAGCGCUGUUAUCGAAAGAAAAAAAACCUACAGUCGCCAUGAUACAGCAGCGGAAACGGGAAAAGAAGUAGCUAGAAAACAAAAGAGAACACGCACUCGUCCUCGCGAUUUGGUAUGCUCUUGCAGUGUUAUAGGAAUGCCCAAGGAAAAAUAUGACCCGCCGGAUCCCAGGCGGAUGUACACAAUUAUGUCCAGCGAGGAGGCAGCAAAUGGGAAGAAGUCAUACUGGGCUGAGCUGGAAAUCAGUGGUCGAGUAAGGAGUCUUAGCACGGCCCUGUGGUCUCUCACCCACCUCACUGCCCUUCACCUCAGUGACAACUCACUGUCACGCAUCCCUCCAGACAUUGCCAAACUACACAACCUGGUGUACCUGGAUCUCUCAUCCAAUAAGAUCAGGAGCCUGCCGGCAGAGCUCGGCAACAUGGUGUCUCUCAGGGAAUUGCUUUUAAAUAACAACCAGUUGCGAGUUCUCCCAUUUGAAUUGGGAAAACUGUUUCAGUUACAGACACUGGGGUUGAAAGGAAACCCACUUGCACAAGAAAUCAUGAGCCUCUACCAGGAACCUGAUGGUACACGGAGACUGCUCAGCUACUUGUUAGACAAUCUGGCAGGGGCUAUCAAGCGCAUACCAACAGAGCAGCCACCAGCUCGGUCAUGGAUCUCACUCCAGGAACCUGAUCGAACACGUCCAUCUACUCUCUUCUCGGUCAUGUGCUACAACGUGCUGUGUGAUAAGUACGCCACACGACAGCUAUACGGCUACUGCCCGUCCUGGGCACUAAACUGGGAAUACAGGAAGAAAUCUAUCAUGCAGGAAAUCCUCGGCUGCAAUGCAGACAUCAUCAGUUUGCAGGAGGUGGAAACGGAGCAGUACUACAAUUUCUUCUUGCCUGAGUUGAAAGAGCAAGGAUACGAUGGGUUCUUCAGUCCAAAGUCACGAGCUAGAACCAUGUCAGAGUCAGAUCGUAAACAUGUGGACGGAUGUGCAAUUUUCUUCAAGACAGAAAAGUUCAGCGCCGUGCAGAAGCACACAGUGGAGUUCAACCAGCUGGCCAUGGCUAACUCCGAGGGCUCUGAAGCCAUGUUGAACAGGGUGAUGACGAAGGACAACAUUGGAGUAGCGGUACUGCUUGAGGUCCGCAAAGAGCUUAUCGAAAUCUCCUCUGGUAAGUCGCUGCAUGGCAUGGACAAGCAGCUUCUGCUGGUAGCAAACGCCCACAUGCACUGGGACCCGGAGUACUCGGARGUCAAACUAGUCCAYACCAUGAUGUUCCUGUCGGAGGUGAAGAACAUAGUGGACCUUGCCGCACGCAGCUUCAAGCUGUCCACCUCUGGCGAGACCAAUGCAAUUCCACUGGUGCUGUGUGCUGACCUCAACUCCUUGCCUGACUCCGGUGUGGUGGAGUACCUGAGCUCUGGCGGUGUGGACUGCACCCACAAGGACUUCAAGGAGCUCCGCUACAGCGACAGCCUGACCAAAUUCAACUGCAACGGCAAGAACAGCCUGUCCAACGGCAGGAUCACCCACGGCUUCAAGCUGAAGAGCGCCUACGAGAACGGCCUGAUGCCUUACACCAACUACACCUUUGACUUCAAGGGUGUGAUCGACUACAUUUUCUACUCCAAGCCUCACCUGAACGUGCUGGGUAUCCUGGGCCCCCUGGACCCCCACUGGCUUGUAGAGAACAAUGUCAGCGGCUGCCCACAUCCCCACAUUCCCUCUGACCACUUCUCCCUGUUUGCUCAGCUGGAAUUGCUCCUGCCCAAUGUGCCCUCACAGGUCAAUGGGCUUCACCUGCCUGCACGCAGGUAGUGAGACCCUGCCAUACCACCAGGGGGAGCUGCAGCCACAGCUCCCCCCGCUCAACCUUAUCCCCCUCUUUUUACCAGCUAUUCCCUCCCUCCACCACACUGGAGGAGGAAGACAUACACACACACACACACACACACACACACACACACACACA